AUGAAGCCAUCUUUCAUAAUCUCCUUCAUCUAUGAAGCCAUCUCUUUCAUUAUGUUCUUCAUUAUAUCCUUCAUUAUAUCCUUCCUCUAUGAAGCCAUCUCUUUCAUAAUCUCCUUCAUCUAUGAAGCCAUCUCUUUCAUUAUGUUCUUCAUUAUAUCCUUCAUUAUAUCCUUCCUCUAUGAAGCCAUCUCUUUCAUAAUCUCCUUCAUCUAUGAAGCCAUCUCUUUCAUUAUCUCCUUCAUUAUAUCGUUCAUCUAUGAAGCCAUCUCCUUCAUUAUCUCAUUCAUCUAUGAAGCCAUCUCCUUCAUUAUCUCCUUCAUUAUCUUCUUCAUCCACAAAGUGACUAAACAAAAUAAUGUUAACAACUAUGAAGCCAUCGCUUCUCUCUAUAAAGACAUCUCUGAAGCCAUCUCUUCUCUAUAUAAAGACAACUAUGAAGCCAUCUCUUCUCUCUAUAAAGACAACUAUGAAGCCAUCUCUUCUCUAUAUAAAGACAUCUAUGAAGCCAUCACUUCUCUCUAUAAAGACAACUAUGAAGCCAUCUCUUCUCUUUAUAAAGACGUCUCUGAAGCCAUCUCUUCUCUCUAUAAAGACAACUAUGAAGGCAUCUCUUCUCUCUAUAAAGACAACUAUGAAGCCAUCUCUUCACUCUAUAAAGACAUUUAUGAAGCCAUCUCUUCUCUCCAUAAAGACAACCAUGAAGUUAUCUCUUCUCUGUAUAAAGACAUAUAUGAAGCCAUCUUUUCUCUCUAUAUAGACAUCUAUGAAGCCAUCUCUUCUCUCUAUAAAGACAUCUAUGAAGCCAUAUCUUCUCUCUAUAAAGACAAUUAUGAAGCCAUCUCUCUCUCAUCUAUAAAGACACUUCCUAAAGACAACCAUGAAGCCAUCUCUUCCCAUCUAUAA